AUGUACGGCGGCUCGACAUCGUCAGGCGGACGGUGGUCGCUAGGGGCGAAGACGUACCGCGCGCCAACGGAGCAGGAGCGGUUGCGCGAAGCGCAGGACAGGUUGGCGAGGGAGAACGAGCGACGGAAGCUACACGAGAUCAAGCAUCAGGAGAAGCACAUUCGGCAGCAACGUGAGCUGGCGAGGGAGACCGCUCGCGUGAACGAGCGCGCAGUGGGCAUGGAGCUGGGCGCUCGAGGCGCUCCUUUGCUCGGAACUGGGAUGGGCGUAGGACUCGCCGGCCGCUCUCCUCGCAUGCGAGCAUCGUCUUUCAGCGGCGUACCCUCCCUUGGAGCGCCGAUCGGCGGUCUUGGCGGCGCAACGGCAGCGAGGGAGCGCGAAAGGCUUGCGAUGGAGCGGCGAGCGCUGGAGGACACGAGGCGCAGGGAGGCAGAGUUGGCGAGGGUGCGCGCGCAGAGGCAGGCGUUGGAGGUCGAGGCGGCUCGAAGGCAACGCACGGCGAGCGCGAUGCGGAACGAGCGAGCUGCGCUAGCCGUCGCCAACGAGCGCAUCCUCGCUUCGCCGCGCAUGUCCCCGCGUCUUUCGCCUCGUCUCGGGCCUAUCGGCGGCGGCUUACUCCCAGGCGCUCUUCCAGGUGCAGGCGGACUUCGCCGUUCCAGCUCGUGGAGCGGUGGACUCGGUCUUUCGCCUCGCAUUGGCGGGCAGUCGCCUCGAGUCGUCCCUGUCCCUCUUCCCGUUCCCGUCGCUUCGCCUCGCAUCGGCGGCUACGGCGGAGGUUACGGUGGACUGCGCUCUCGUACUCCUUCGCCCAGCCGACUCGUUCUCUCUCCUCGCAUCGGAGCCAGGACUCCCUCGCCGCGAGUCGUUAACUACAACACCUUCAACGUCUCUCCGCGCCUUCGGGGCCUCGAGGGCGUCCCUGCAGGAUACGGCGGAGCGGGCGGACUCGGAGCGCUCGACGACUUGCAUCUCGGUGGCAGGACGCCCAUCGUCGAUCCCGUCGUUCUUGGCGACGGAGGCUACGAUGGCGGCCUGUUCGGAGGCGGAGCGUUGCCUGGCCAGAUCACUACGCACCACCACCACGACUUUGUCGUCACGGACCUCGACCACGAGCCAGGCAGAGCAAUCGUGCGAGACCUCGGCGUCGUUGAAGGCCUGUCGGGCAUGGACGCCUACCUCUCGGAAGACGACAAACUCAGUCUCGCUAUCGCCAAUCUCACGGCCAACGCGCAGUCGCUGGGAGCGAACGCUGUCUUGCAGGUCGAGACGGGCGAGGACGUCGGAGGGCAGAUCUUGGUGCGUGGGAGGGCGGCGGUCUUGUCGUGA